AAAAACCAUUUUUAAUCUAUGACAUAAUUUGUUGUUGAGGUUAGGACUGAAAAACAACUAAUUUUCCGUAAUGGGAGAUACAAAUUUGAAGCCCAAAAUUGAUGCUGGUGAUAAAAACCCAGUAUUGAAACAGGCAGAAUUAGAUUACAUGAAGAUUAUUGAACAGAAAAAUCGUGAAAGGGUGGUUAAAUUACAGCAACUGAGUAAACGGAAUAGAUUAACUGGAUUUUCGAUCGGAGCGGGAGUGUUUGGAAUUUAUUUAUAUUCUAUGUUUGCUGUAAAGCAGGAGACCUUCCUUGACGAUUUCGACGAACCUGCUAAAGUGCAACAAUAA